CUCUCAAUUUCUGGGUUUGUUGCCUACUUACCGUUAAAUCCCGAUCGUCAAAAAUCGCCCACGCUGCCACAAACCCCCCCUAAAAACCCCCCACCCACCAACGCCGCCCAACAAGCAGACAACCCCUCCACAGACCACAGGCAAAAGAUGGCGACACAUGGACAACAAGUGCAUCUAUCCGCUGGCAUCCUGCUGAUGCUGAUGCUGAUGGUGAUGCUGAUGCCGAUGCUGACAUCCUCGCUUGCUGUGACCAAGUCGCCGACUGCUGCCAAACAGGAAGCUGAGCAUAAAAAUGCUGAGUUUCCAGAGGAGGACAGCGACAUGCUGAUGGAACCGAAUGACUUUACGCCCAUUACAGUGCUUCGUUCCCAUGAGCAGCAGCACUACCAUAUGCCGCCCACAACGCAGCUGCAGCAGAAUCAGCGGGCAGUUGUUCCCAUUGCCACGCCCAUACAGAGCCGCCACUUUCAGGCUGUGCUGCCGUUGCAACAGGAGCAGUUCCGUCCCAUUGCCAAUCCGAAUACGCAGCUGAUUUCGCGCGCAGAUGUCACGGCCGGACCCGGUGCCGAUUUGCAUAGUCAGGCGGCGCAGAAUUUCUAUCCACCGUUCUAUCAUGAGGCGCCACCAUUGGGCCAUUCGCGUCCCUAUUUCUCUGGACCCGCUGUCCCCGUUGGCGAUAACUCGCCACUGCAGCUGCCCCUGCUGACGACGUCGCAUCAGCAGCAGCCACAACCGCAACAGCAUCAGCAGCGUGGCUUUGAUGCAGCCAUUCUGGGCAGCGGUGACUUUGGUGUGCUCCGCGGUGGCACUUUUUAUCCGGAGGAGGAGAUGCCCUAUCAUCCGGAGGACAACAGCGACUACAUCUAUGGCGAUGCUAACAAUGGUCAUGGUCGUCCCAGUGAGGCGUUCGUACAGAAGUACACAUAUCCCGAGGAGCAGUUCGCCAAUUUCCGUGAUUUUGCGGACAUAAAUACGCCCGCAGAUUCGGCCUUCUCACAGUUUGUGGUUGUGUAUGCGGCAAAGAAUGCGACCAAGCCGAGCUCCCAUCCGCAUCCGAAGAACAUUUUCGAGCAGCUCGAGCUGCUGGAUCGCGAGAAGGCGCUCGAGGAGGCGGCGCUCAAAAAGCAACAGCCCAGCAAAUCCAAAUCAAAGCUAUCCAAAACAAAGCUGCAAAAGAAAUACAAGAAAAAGACAAUUGGCAAGGAAGUGGAGCUGGAGCCGCUGCUGGCCCUCAGUUAAGCUCCCACACAGAGCACAACCAUUUUCGACUCGUUGUGAGCGCAUAUAAUUUGUAAUUUUCAUCUGACAAAAACUUUGCAUAUUUCCCACUUGUUAGUUAUGUUUUUAUAUUUUAUUUAUUUUGAGCAAAGCAAAAAAUUCCAACAUCAGAUUGUCUUCUGCGGCCUCAUUUCAUUUUGCACACUUGCCCCUCUGCCCCGUCAAUGGAUUGCAAUAGUUCCGUUAAUUG